AUGAAGUUUCCGUUGACGAUCAUCCUAGCAACGAUCACUGUUGGUGUUUCGCAGAUCCUUCCACAAUUACGAACCGUACAAAGUACAGCUGUACAGGGGAAAUUGCUCUGCAACGGAAAACCGUAUGAGAAAGCACGCCUGAAACUCUAUGAAGUUGAUCCUAUUCACGACACAUUAAUGGCCGAAUCGCUUUCGGAUAAGGACGGGUAUUUCAAAUUAUCGGGGAACGAUACAGAAUGGUCAAAAAUUGACCCUAAAUUAAAUAUCUAUCACAAUUGUGAAGAUGAAAAAAUUGAAUGCUGGCGUAAGGUGGAGAUCAAAAUUCCAGUCGAUUUCGUGACCGACGGACCAGAACCGCUAAAGACGUUCGAUAUUGGAAUUUUGAAUCUUAACGCUAAGCUGCCUGGUGAAACAAGAGAUUGUCUUAAUUAG